AUGGAACAUAGUGUGGCAAAAGAUGCAAUACUUUGUUUGAAUUGCUAUCUUGUAACACCCACAGUCGAUUAUAAUAAGAGAGUAGAUGGUGAAACUUUUGUGAGUAAGAGAAAAGUGAAAAAAUAUGUUGGAGAACAUUCAAGCAGUCAUAACAAAAGUGAUUCCAAAUAUGUUGCUUUGAUGAACCAAAAGCAACAUAUUGAUGUAAAUCUUGCUUAUGUGUCAAAAAAAGUCAUAUCAAACUAUCACGUUCAUAUUGUGAGAGAUAAACAACCAUUUUCUUUACUAGUGAAUGAAUCUCAUGAUAUGACAGUGAAAGAAAAAAUGGCUGUUGUUUUUCAUUAUUUGGACAAAACAGGUGGUAUCAUUGAACAUUUUAUAGGGAUUAUGCAUGUUAAGAAUACUUCUGUUAUAUAUGCCUUUUUUUGUAAAACGUGGAUUGAGUUUGAUAAGUUUACGAGGGCAAGGUUAUGA